AUGUCGUCCCCCGAAAGCCCCACCGGAAUCUCUUUUGCAGGCCAAACGGUGGUCCUGACCGGGGCGACUUCUGGGCUCGGGUUUGAGGCUGCCAUCAAACUGCUCAAUCUCGGUGUGGACUCUCUUGUUAUUGGCUGUCGCAACCUGGAGCGAGGAGAAGCGACAAAAGCUGAGCUGGAGCUGCGCACCAACAGACCUGGGGUAAUACAUGUCUGGGAAUUGGACAUGAGUAGUUUCCAAAGCGUCAAGGAUUUCGCAGCUCGCGUCAACACAGAGAUCGAACGGCUGGCCGUCGUAUUGCUCAAUGCGGGAUUGUGGAAUCGGAGUUACAUAGCAUCUCCUGAUGGGUGGGAGGAGACGUUGCAGGUCAAUACAUUGUCCACUUCGUUGCUGGCAAUCCUGCUUCUCCCUAAACUCCGGAGUAGCUCGUCGGCUGAAAGCCCCAGUCACUUGAGGGUGGUAUCAAGCAAAUUGUUUACCAGAGUGGAAGCGGACAGUCUGCGGACUGACGGCUCAUUACUGGAGCAUCUCAACGAUCCCAAGCAUUUUAAUGGACCCCAGCAAUACCGGAUCUCGAAACUCCUGAUGGAAUAUGUCCUCAAGACGGUGGCGCAACACGCUCGUGAGGAGAAUGGGUCAGUCCCAGUGAUCAUCAACACUGUCAGUCCUGGGUUCUGUGCGUCCUCUCUGGGACGGCAGUACGACCGAUUCUACGAGCGAUGGAUGAUGUGGUUAGUAUAUAAGCUAUUUGCUCGCACGGCGGAACAGGGGAGUCGGUCCCUGGUCAGUGCAACGUAUCAAGGAGUCGAGUCACAUGGGAAGUGCUGGAGAGACGAUGGUUACGUGGAUGAAUCUGCUGCUUUGACCACGGGGGAAGAGGGCAAACAACUUCAAACUAAAGCGUUUGAGGAAAUCUUUCAAGUUCUUAGGCAUUCAGCUCCACAGGUCGAAGAAUCAAUGAAGAAGUAG